AUGGGUGCUUCGGGAAGAUGGUUUAAAUCACUUCUUUCUCUCCGAAAGACCUCAACUUCAACUACUGAUCAAGAGAAGAGUAGUGAGAACAAGAGUAAGAAGAAGUGGAAGCUAUGGAAGAAUUCUUCAGAAGGGUCAAUGAAGAAAGGAGGCGGUGGUGCUGUGUCUGGUUCUUCGCUUUCUUCUGCGGUGGCUGUGGUCGUUCGAGCUCCACCAAAAGAUUUCAUGGUCAUCAAACAGGAAUGGGCUGCCAUAUGCAUUCAGGCUGUGUUUCGAGCCUUCUUGGCUAGACGAGCUUUGAGGGCCUUGAGGGCAGUGGUAAAGCUUCAAGCUACUUUUCGAGGUAGGCAAGUCAGAAAGCAAGCAGCUGUUACUCUAAGGUGCAUGCAGGCUCUUGUUCGAGUUCAGGCACGUGUAAGGGCAAGGAAUGUGAGGAAAUCCCCUCAAGGGAAAGCGGUGCAGAAAUUGUUAGAUGAGCACCGCAACCAAGCCGAUCCUGUUAAGCAGGUUGAGCAAGGAUGGUGUGACAUUCCUGGAACUGUUGAUGAAGUUAAAACAAAGCUACGAAUGAGGCAAGAAGGAGCCAUCAAGAGGGAUAGAGCAAUGGCAUACUCCCUCUCCACACAGUCAAGAGUGAGUGCCAGUCCAAACUCUAGAACCACCAAGGCAGAGAUUCCUCUCAAGCAUCACAACCUAAACAAUAAGAGCUUAGGAUGUAGCUUGUUAGAACGCUGGAUGGAGGCAAAGCCAUGGGAGAGUCCAAUCUCAAGGAAGAGUGAAGAAAUUGUUCCUCACUUUCAAUCAAGAAGGAAUGGUGUGACAACUAGGAUUUCAGUUGUUAAAUCUCUUACAACCAGUCAAUUUUCAACCAUAAGCUCUGAAUACAUGUCUGAUGAUAGCCCUGUGUCUACUUCAUAUACAUCUGGAUCUUCAUCUUUUCCAUCCACCACUACUGCUGUGGUGGAAGCAACAAAGGAAAGAGAUGUUAAUCAACCAAGCUACAUGAAUUUGACAGAAUCAACUAAGGCUAAACUGAAAGCUUGCAGGUCCUCUUCACAAAAUUCAAAGAGACUUGUGAUGGAGCAUUGUCUGUCUCAUAGCUCAACAACAGGAUUUCUGAAUGGAGAUACUAGAAGCAAUUCUGGCUCUGAUCCUUCAGUUAAUUUAUGGAAGGAUCUUUGUGCAACACCUCUAAGGGCAAGUUAUCAAAAAUGA